ACGAAUUUAGGAGGCAUGACAGUCAUAAAGGUGUUAAAAACUUUUAAAAAAUCAUUUGUAUGUACAGCUGGCGGUCUCACAUCGUAUUUGCAAGUAGAAUCCAGAUACCCUGACAGUCUACUGAGCAUACUGGAGUUCGAAGACGCCCAGGCACACGUGGAAAUAGAACGGGUCUCGUUUGUUAGGUGCGAGCUGUCUUUCAGGAUACUCACUCCACAGGUGGACCCAGUAGAGCGGAGACGCAACAGUAUGUGUGGUGCAGGCGCAAGGUCGAGCUUUUAUAAGACAUGGAAGCAAAAUACAUGUUUGAUGCUUAACCCCACCGAGAUACAGCACACCAUGCCCCUUCAAGCAACAUAGGCUUCGGUGUACCCCAGGAACCCUACGACCAAUUAUUAUACAGCUAUUAUAUGAAAGCUGAAUAAAUACUUUUGACAUUUCAUGUUUUGUUUUUCAUUGAUAAAGACAGAAGUAAUGGUAAGGGGGGUGGGCGAGAAGGA